CAGUCCCUGUCUUGGAUGCUUAAGUGUGUGGGGGGUCCCAGGGCACCAGGGUCAGAGGUGCACCUAGAUCAUUUUGGAGCCUGGACCUCGAGGCCUUGGGAGGCCCCCCCCGCUGUGGGAGCCCCCCCCCUCCGCUGCAAGGCAAGCAUCAUAUUCAACACGCAGGUGCUGGAGGGCACAAACCACCCCGCCCAGGACAGACGGAAGAGGAUUUGGGGGGCCCCCAGGGGGUGUGGAGGCGGCCCUUGGCCUCGGCCCCAAAGUCCAGGGCUCUCCAUCGCCAUGGGGACAGCAUCGUCCAAAGACGAAUCCGCCACCGCUGAGAGCCAGGGGGCCUCCAUCCCCUUCGGCCUCAUGGAUGUGUUUCUCUUCUCCAUCAUCAUCGGCCUCUUGACAUAUUGGUUUUUUUUCCGCAAGAAGAAAGAGGAAGUCCCGGAGUUUGCAAAAAUCCAGACGCCAACAGGACUGCCGUCCACCAUUGAGGGCAGCUUCAUUGAAAAGAUGAAGAAGACGGGAAGGAACAUCGUUGUGUUCUACGGAUCGCAGACGGGGACCGCGGAAGAAUUUGCCAAUCGCUUAGCUAAAGAUGCCCAUCGCUAUGGGAUGCGGGGCAUGUCUGCCGACCCGGAGGAGUACGACCUGUCUGACCUCAGCCGGCUUUCCGAGAUCGAGAAGUCCUUAGUGGUCUUCUGCAUGGCCACCUAUGGAGAAGGUGACCCCACAGACAACGCCCAGGAUUUCUACGACUGGCUGCAGGAGACCGACGCUGACCUCUCCGGCCUGAAAUUUGCGGUCUUUGGGCUCGGGAACAAGACGUAUGAGCACUUCAAUGCCAUGGGGAAGUAUGUGGACAAACGGAUGGAGGAGCUUGGAGCUCAGCGAAUCUUUGAGCUUGGCCUGGGAGACGAUGAUGGCAACCUGGAAGAAGACUUCAUCACGUGGCGCGAGCAGUUCUGGCCGGCCGUGUGUGAGCAUUUUGGCGUGGAAGCCACGGGAGACGAAUCCAGCAUCCGCCAGUACGAGCUCGUCGUCCACUCGGACGUCGACCCAAACAAGGUCUACACAGGCGAGAUGGGCCGUCUGAAGAGCUACGAGACCCAAAAGCCGCCGUUUGACGCCAAGAAUCCUUUCUUGGCCCCCAUGUCUCUGAACCGCAAGCUCAACCAAGGCGGGGAACGGCACCUCAUGCAUCUCGAGCUAGACAUCACCAGCUCCAAAAUCAGGUACGAAUCUGGAGACCACAUUGCUGUAUACCCAGCCAAUGAUACUUCACUGGUGAACCAGCUUGGUGAAAUCCUAGGGGUGGAUUUGGAUAUGGUCAUCUCCCUAAACAAUCUAGAUGAGGAGUCCAACAAGAAGCAUCCAUUCCCUUGCCCCACCUCCUACCGCACGGCCCUGACGUACUACCUGGACAUCACCAACCCGCCACGCACCAACGUCCUCUACGAGCUGGCGCAGUACGCCAGCGAUGCCAACGAGCAGGAGCACCUGCGCAAGAUGGCCUCCUCCGCCGCCGACGGCAAGGCACUCUAUCUCAGCUGGGUCGUCGAGGCCCGGAGGAACAUCCUGGCCAUCCUGCAGGACACGCCCUCCCUGCGCCCCCCCAUCGACCACCUCUGCGAGUUGCUGCCCCGCCUGCAAGCCAGGUACUACUCCAUCGCCUCCACGUCCAAGGUCCACCCCAACUCCAUCCACAUCUGUGCCGUGGUGGUGGAGUACAAGACCAAAACCGACCGGGUGAACAAAGGCGUGGCCACCAACUGGCUGAAGAACAAGCAGCCCAACGAGAACGGGCACAAGUCCACGGUGCCCAUGUACGUCCGGAAGUCCCAGUUCCGCCUCCCUUUCAAAUCCAGCACCCCCGUCAUCAUGAUCGGGCCCGGCACCGGCAUUGCCCCCUUCAUGGGCUUCAUCCAGGAGCGGGGCUGGCUCAGGCAGCAAGGGAAGGAGGUGGGCGAUACGGUCCUCUACUACGGCUGCCGGCACGAAAAUGAGGACUACCUGUACAAGGAGGAGCUGGCCCAGUUCUUCAAGGAUGGCACCCUCACACAACUCAACGUGGCCUUCUCCAGGGACCAAGUGCAGAAGAUUUAUGUCCAGCACUUGUUGAAGAAGAAUAAAGAGAACAUUUGGAAGCUGAUCCACGAAGGCAACGGCCACAUCUAUGUCUGUGGGGACGCCCGCAGCAUGGCCCGGGACGUGCAGAACACCUUCUACGAGAUCGUGGCCGAGUACGGCCAGCUGAGCCAGCCGCAGGCCGUGGACUACGUCAAGAAGCUGAUGACCAAGGGACGCUACUCCUUGGAUGUCUGGAGCUAGGGGGGCGGGCUGGGCGGCCCCCGGAGCCGCCUCCUGCGGCAUGCAGUGGGGCAGGGCACAAGUCCGCUGGGGAAGGGAGGCCCGGCUCGCCCAGAGCACCGCAACAUCUCCCCCUCUCUCUGGGUGGCUUACUCUCCCCUCCUCUCACGGUCCUGGGCAUCCAGCUCCCCCCCCCACCUCCCCCCUUUGCAGGCUUGCCCCACAUCCCCCCCCCUUAACACUGGCGUAGCAGAAGACACCCAUCUCUUUAACCCUUUCCUGGGCCGCCAGCUGGAGCCGGGGAUCCCAAGGGCGGGAGGGGGCGAGGGUGGAUGUUAGCAUCGCCUGGAGAGGCAAGCCGAGGGCUCUGCCCCGGGGGUGGAGCGAGCGGGUCAGCCAGGGAGGAGAGGAGCAUCUCCGGCCAUAGGCGCUCCGUUUUCGCCUGGCUUCUGCCUCUGGCACUCGGCCCGCAAGCAGCCCAGGACCACCUCAGGCACAACCAGACAGUUAACCAUCCAGGCGGCUGGCCCAAGGAAGGGCAGGAAGAGCGCCCGCUCUUGCUCUCGGCCCCGGCUGCUCCGGUCCAGCCCGCACUGCAAGCAGGGUGUGGGCCAGGGCCUUUUUGCGCUUCGGCCUCAGGUGGGGCUGCCUCUUUGCCGAGCCUUGGGGGGGGGGAUCUGGAGGACGUUCGGUCUCUUUGUGCUAGCACAUCUCUCUGGCAGGGAGGGUUUCCUUUGCUCUGUCGCUUUGCGGAAGGGGGGUGGGGAGGCCUCGUUCCCGCCUGUGUGCCCCACCUCAUGGUCAGCCCCCCAGAGGCAUGUGGGCCUCUGCCCUGCUGCUUCCCCGGGAGGAAAGCCAACGGCCCCACGCACGGCGUGGAAUUCCCUGCAGGGCUCAGCCCAGCGCCUUCAACCCUGACGCUGCUCUCCCCAGGAGCUGGCCCGAGCAGAACUGUCCACUGAAUGUACAUACUGUUAAGGGGACUUGCCUCUUGGAAUUAAAAAAACAAAACAAAACAAAACCCACACAAAACAAGCCCGGCUCCUUGUUCUGUCUCCUUCCUGACUCCAUGUGUGUUUGGAUCCGGAGUGGAACCGGAGUGACAUUGCUAGGAACACACCCUGGGGGGGCCGGAAUGGUGCAGCCCUGUGAGGGAGCCAAGAAGUAAACCACUGAGCCCGACCUAAGGUUCCAGCUGCACCCAUGAAGCCCAGAAGGAAGCAGCCCUCUCCCUUGUAUAUCCCCACCAUCCGAUUCUGCUUACGAGGCCCGAUACCGCCGGCAGGACUGUCAUUGGUGGGUGUAUCUAAUCCCUCCUUAAUAAAAUUAAAAGUGGCCGCUCAGACCAAGGGAGCAUCUAAUUCAGGGUCAUGCUCCUAGUAGCAGUGAGACAGAUGCCACUGGAAAGCCCACAAGCAGGACAUGAAUGUAUUGUCUGCAUAAACCGCCCAGAGACGUACGUUUUGGGCGGUAUAAAAAUAUGUUAAAUAAAUAAAUAAAAUAAAAUAUGUUUGAA